AUGGCGCAUGAUGCUGACGGAGUUGGGUGCUCUUCAAGUUCUUCUGGUUCAACCAAGAGAAGGAAGUAUCAUGUGUUUUUGAGUUUUCGAGGGGAAGAUACUCGGAAAAAUUUUACUGAUCAUUUGUAUGCUGCUUUAAAACGCAAAGGAUUAAAAACUUUCAGGGAUGAAGAAGAACUUGAAAGGGGAGAAUCUAUUAAUCCAAGUUUAAUACAAGCAAUUGAAGAGUCUCGUUCUGCAAUUGUUGUGCUCUCCCCAAAUUAUGCUUCUUCAACUUGGUGUUUGGAUGAGCUUCAAAAGAUUCUGCAGUUAAAAGAAAAGACAAGUCUUCAAGUAUUUCCAUAUUUUACGGCGUAG